AUCAAGAGGCUGCGCCAGCCGCUUCGUGCAGACCCAGACUAAUCACAUCGAAUGCAGUCUUCCUCCAACGUUCUCAAGUGGACUAGACAUCGCUUCGGAACCGACAUCGAACAUCUUCAUGGAUUCCAUAACGUCGUCGUGACUCUUCCACGCGUUUGUGUUCCCCCCCCCCCCCCCACACACACACCGCAGCACACCGCAGCAGAAGAAUCAUUUGCCACCUCCGCGGCGCUCUCCUCCGCAGUCAUGGGCACCGUGCUCUCCAUCUCCCCCGCCAACAAGAAGGUGAUCGACGUAGACGACAAGGGCGACAAGAGCCUCAAGCGGCCUUCCAUGUUCGUGUCGCUGUCGUGGAAGAAGCUGGUUGCCAGCUCGGCUAAGAAGAGCGCCAAGAAAGUCACCCCAACCCCCAACCCCAACCCGCCGUGCGCUCAGGUGGCCCAGCGCAACAGCGACAACCUACGGAAAAGCCUUCAAAGCGAGGAACGCAAGCAACGAGCCCCCAUCCCGGUGCCGGUCCCGACGGUGCCUGGGCACAACAACAAUAACGGCAGCAGCAAGCCGCCACCAGCGGCGGCGGCGGCGCUGAAGCAAGACAGCAGCAGCCCGGCUGUUGUGGUGUCCCCGCGGCGGAUAGUGAUCCAGGCUUCCACCGGGGAGCUGUUGCGCUGCUUGGGGGACUUCGUGUGCCGCCGCUGCUUCAAGCUGAAGGAGUUAAAUAGCGGCGAGGUGAUCCUGUGGUUCCGCAACAUCGACCGGACUCUGCUGCUGCAAGGCUGGCAGGACCAAGGCUUCAUCACGCCGGCUAACGUGGUGUUCGUCUACCUCCUGUGCGAGGACACCCUGGACGAGAGCGUGGCCAGCGCGGCCGAGCUGCAGGGCGCCUUCCAGACCUGCUUGUACCUCGCCUACUCCUACAUGGGGAACGAGAUCUCCUACCCGCUCAAGCCCUUCAUGAUCGAGGCCAACAAGGACGUGUUCUGGGAAACCUCGCUGAGCAUCAUCGAGCGGCUCAGCGGCAAAAUGCUGCAGCUCAACGCGGACCCGCACUUUUUCACCGAGGUUUUUCAAGAGCUGAAAAGCCAGAGGGACAGCAGCGAGGCCAACCUGGACCGCUGACGUUCCGAGAGCAAAUGACAGAAGGGCGGCUUUGAAUGUAAAGGCCAAUUCUAAAGGCUGGAUAUCGCUCAAGAUAGCAAUGCGGCAGUAGUGUGUGUUUAGACAGCAGGAGAAUCAACAACUCGCGCAUGCCAUCCAUCAAUGGUGUUGUCCUGCCUUUGUUUUGUUACAAACGACAUUUACAUGCUCAUUUUAUUCCUAAUUAGCCUGCUUUCUAGCGCAGAGAGCGCUCGAGGAGCAGAAGAGCGGUGAUUGCGGUUAAGCGCACAUGCAGGCUGAGCUGUCCAGGGUGCUGACCUCCCUCCACCCCCACACAUGCACAAGGGUGCCUUGAGAUACGACGUCAAUUCAAAGCGCUGUCUGAAUGUCGAGACGUUUACUGCCGCCAAUGAAAUCAGGCAUAUUCAUGCUUGAAUCGCGCAAAAAAAAUCCACAAACUCGUAAGUCAAGGCAGUCGUAUCUUAAGGCACCACUGUAUUGAGAUGAAUGUAUUUUUGUUGUUUUCCAAGAAAAUACUUGGACGAUCUCAUGCGUGCCAACCGUUGCAUUGUCUUUUGCCUGCUACGAUAUUGUUUACAUUGUUUAUAUGUGACAUGAUUUCAUUUGUGGGCCAAGCGUAUCAAAAAAAAACACACCGGAAUGUUAUUUUUCUGUAAAUAAUGAAUGAGUCUUUGCGGUGUCAUUUGCACAUUUCUACAUUAUCAAUUCGAUUAUGAAAGCAAGUUUACACGUAGUGUAACUUUGCAACAUUAGUUCUCAACAUGGUUUGUAUGAUGUUGUGUUGUGAAGCCAUUGCUCGGAGCGGAAAUGCUGCUAUUUAUUUAUUUAUUUAUUCAUAAUUUAUUUAUUUUGCACAACGGUGAACAAAAUUUGGACGUUUUGCACACAAUUUAUGGUCAUCUACCAAAAAAGGCGCCAGAUUACUUGCCAUUAAUUUGUUACACUUGCAGCUAUGAAUGAAGGAGCGGUGAAUUUUGUACAGUUUGUUUUCCAACCUGACUGGAAAGUGUUCAUUUGUUCAUUCCGUGUAGUGAGCUGCUGCUAGUGAUCCGUUAGACAAUUCAAUCUCGCUACAUGUUUAUACAGUCAAUGGUCAGUGCAGUCAUUGUUUAUGGUGAGCAGGGUGAAAUAAAUCCUUUCAAUGAUG